CCUUUGACGUUUCCGCACCAACACCAACAAAUCUCUCUCUCUCUCUCUAAUGGCGAUCUCCAUGAGAUCGGGAAGGAGACAACAACGAGGAGGAGGAGGAUUCCGAAUAAGAUUAUCGUCUCAAAGACGAUUAUUCCGUACAAUAAUCAUAAGCCUUGUCUUCAUCGCUGUUGUCCCUCCCAUCUUUUUCCAUUUCCGACUCAAACGCCUCCAUCAGAUACAAGGAAGAAAGUGUGGCUGGAUGAAGGAUCCACCUCUUGUGUGUGCUCAUGGAGGUGACUCUACCAACGCCUUUCCCAACACGAUGGAUGCGUAUCGUAUUGCGCUUCAUUCUAAAGUAGACUGCAUUGAGAUUGAUGUUUCUCGUUCUUUUGAUGGGGUUUUGUUCGCUCUCCAUGAUAGGGAUUUGCAGCGGAUAUCUGGAAACAGUACUUCUAAAGUAGGGUACUUGAGCAUGAAAGAGAUAAAAGAACUAGGCCGUGCUAAUCAAUCUGCACAGAUGUUUCUUCAAGAAAGCAUUCCAACCAUUGAAGAUGCUUUGAAGUUGAUAUCAAAUUCAGUUCGGCAAGUGAUUCUAGACGCUAAGGUUGGGCCUCCAUCAUAUGAAAAAGGGCUUGCAAAGGAUAUUCUUUCUGUGGUUGAAAGGACGCAUUGUAGGAAUUGCCUUGUAUGGGCUAAAAGUGACAAUUUAGCAAGGGACGUAAUUAAACUCUCACCGAAUACUACAGUGUCAUUGCAGGUGGGCUACAUUGUCAUGAAGGAUCCUUCUACUGGGCUAAGAACCAACUUAAUGAGGAUGAAAGGUGCUGGGGUGGUUGGUGUCUAUCAUCCUUUGAUUGAUGAAAUGCUGAUGAAAACUCUACAUGGGAGAAACAAAAAGGCAUAUGCCUGGACUGUUGAUGAUGUGGAUUCUAUGCAAAUGAUGUUGUUUGAACGCGUGGAUGCCAUUGUUACAAGCAAUCCUACACUACUUCAAAGUCUAAUGCAAGAUAUUAGAACACAAUGCCUCGAGGAUGGUUUUUCGUUGUCACAAUGACAAUCAUUUUUCAAGCACUAAAAGGCUUGACUUCCAUUUUUGUGAAUGACAGAAUACGGUCAAUAUACUACAUAGCUUGGCUUCAUUAGUUACUUGGUUUGGUAUUGGGUUUAGAAUAUUUCUCAUGAACAGGCUGCUUGCUGGUAUUUGAUAAAAAAAAGUUAAGAUUCAAUCUGAUAAAAAGAGUCAUUUGUAUGGCAUUUUCCA